AUGGUAUCCGACACCAAACUCUACGACCGCCUCGGCGUCUCUUCCUCCGCUAGCGCCGAUGACAUCAAAAAGGCCUACCGCAAGAAUGCUCUGAAGAACCACCCAGACAAGAACCCAGCCGGAGCGGAAAAGUUCAAGGAAGCGAGUGAAGCAUACGAGAUCCUUUCCGACCCGGAGAAACGACGGAACUACGAUAAUUAUGGCUACGACUUUAUUACUGGCAAGGCUGGGCCAGCCCCGUCAGCAGAGGACAUGGGAGGGAAUCCCUUCGCAGGAGGUGCUGCGGGAGGAAUGCCCGGUGGAUUCGGGUUCGGUGGACAGUCUGGAGGAACGAGAACGGCACAUUUCAGUUUCGGUGGGGGUGGAGGUAGUGGAGGUUUCGGCGGCUUCAGCGACCCAAACGAUAUCUUCCGCGAGUUCAUGAGAGGAGGUGGUGCAUCCAUGGGUGGUGGAGUCGGAGACGACGACGACAUCUUCUCCGCCUUCACGAACGGCGGCCUAGGAGGAAUGGGAGGAGGAGGCAAACCCCGCACAUCGCGAACAUCCUCCGGUUUCACUGCCGCAAGGAGACGAGAACCGGAAGUCGAAACCACAGUCGUUGAGAAACCGCUCCAACUCUCCCUCGAAGACAUCUUCGCCGGCACGACGAAGAAGCUCAAAGUCCAACGGAAAACCUACGACUCCUCAACCGGCAAACAAGCCGUCGAGGACAAAAUCCUCUCCGUCCCUGUAAAACGCGGCCUCAAAGCCGGUUCCAAGAUAAAAUAUCCCGAUAUGGGCGACCAAGUCGAAGGCGGCACUCAAGAUCUCCAUUUCAUCAUCAAAGAAAAAGACCACCCGCUCUUCACGCGAGAUGGUGACGACUUGAAACAUUUUGCUGAAAUCGAUCUGAAGGAGGCGCUGACGGGAUGGAAGAGGACGGUGAGCACGAUCGAUGGGAAACAAGUUAGUGUUUCGAGUUCCGGGCCUACGCAACCGACGUUCGAGGAGAGGUUCCCGCAGUUGGGCAUGCCGAAGAGUAAGACGCCGGAGAAGAGGGGGGAUCUGGUUGUGGGGGUGAGGAUCAAGUAUCCCGCUUCCUUGACCGCGGCGCAGAAGCAGAAACUGAGGGAGAUUUUGUAG